AUGAGGCCUGAAAUUACUGCAGAGUGCACCUUUGACCUGGUCUCCAUCAUGAACAUGGAACAGCAGGAACUGGUGAAGGAGGCAGCCAAGAACACCAACACAUCUGGCUGGGACUGUGCUACAGCUGUGCUCUUGAUCUCUGGUUCUGGUGUUGUCUCCAUCGAUGUGGGAUGUGCCAGCCUUUGUGGCUGGUCUCCUGUCCCUCUUAUUCAAGGUCAGUGUUCCUUGUUUUCAUGCCAGCGCUAUAAGUACUAUUUUAUUAAAGAGCCUAAAACAUGGGACGAAGCUCAGAGCUACUGUAGAGAAGGAUAUAAAGACCUGGCCACAGUGCCUGACGUGACAUAUAGGGAGACUCUGUACAUAGAUUCUACAGAGAAUCAAGCAAACGCCUGGAUUGGGCUGUACAGCAUCUCAGGAAGAGAAAACAGGAUGUGGCACUGGUCUCUGCCAGGAGUGGAGUUCCAUGAUAAAGAGAUGAAAUGGAAAGUAGGGGAACCUAAUGAUAAACCUGAACAUCUUGAGAACUGUGGACGGAUUAAAAGCCCUGAUGGGCUGGUGGAUGUUGGCUGUUCUAACAAUCACGCUUUUGUCUGCUAUAAUGAACAAAACAAAUCACUCCAUUUGAUUGACACAAAAAAAAAGUGGCGUGAGGCUCAGAGCUACUGCAGACAGCACCACACAGACCUGGCCAGUGGAGCAGAACAGUUAAAGGAAGCAGUCAGUAAAUUAUCUCGUAAACCACCAUCAUGGAUCGGCCUGUUCAGAGACACCUGGAGGUGGUCAGAUGGGAGUAAUUCUUCUUACAGACACUGGGAAAGUGUGGAUGAGUUGCCUGUAGAGCUGUCUAAAACUGACAGCGGCACCAGGAAGUGUGCGAUGAUUGCAUUAAACAAAGAAGGAAAAUGGAGCGCUGAUGAUUGUAACAACACAAAACCUUUCUUCUGCUAUGAUGAAAAAUGGAUCCUGAUCAAUGAAAGCAAAAAUUGGGACGACGCCUUAAUUUACUGCAGAAAUCACCAUGAUGGCCUGGUCUCCAUCACAAGCAGUGAACAGCAAGAACUGGUGAAGGAGAAAGCCAAGAAUGCUACCACUCCGUAUGUCUGGCUGGGACUGCGCUACAGCUGCGCUCUCGAUCUGUGGUUCUGGGUCAAUGACCAGCUUGCCUGCUAUCAGAACUGGGCCAAUGAGACAGACACUGGACAUUGCGACCUGGCUGUAGCCAUGGAGACAGGAGGAGAACAUAAAUGGUUGAAGAAAGAUGAUGAAGAGAAGUUUAACUUCAUCUGUUCUCUGUGACUGGUUUUAAAAGCAGUGUAGCAGCCAUGGGUUAAAAAUGUGCCAAUACUAGAAACAGAUGACACGUAACAAUCAUUUAAGUUGAUCAGGCAUAAAAUUAUGACCCCGGACAUGUAAGGUGAAUUACACUGAUUAUCUCUUCAUCACAGAGCCUGUUAGUGGGUGGGAUACA